UAUUUUGUUGUGUGCUAGAGUUGUAGAGGUUGAAAAAAGCUGUUUCGGCUUCCUACCUAACUAAAAAGUAAAAAUAUUUCGCAUUUAUUACAAUGGAAAAGUGUUUCAUCUGUGCUGAAGAAACAUCCCAGCUGUUUCGCAACUUGAUGCAGCUAACAACAAAAUAUUCCGGUACGUUAAUCUACAAGCUGGUGGAGCGCUUUCUCGAGGGCGAUUUGUCCGAUAACGCGGCCAGUCUAAUAGCAUCGGCCAUCUGCCAGGAGUGCAUGGUCAAAUUGAAUGAUUACGAUGCGGCCCACACGAAGGCGAUUAUUAUUCAAAAAGAGUUUGCCGAUCUGCUACGAAAGAACAUCAAAGUUGUGGGCAAUAAAAUACAGCUGGAGGAUCAGAUGUAUUUCAAGGUGGAGACUGAUGGUUCCUACUUGGAUGAGUUGGUGGUACUGGAUCAGAUAGGUGAGGAAGAAGCGCCACCUCCGCCAGGAGACGCGAAACCUCCCAUUGUAGAUAUUUCGGACAGUUCCUUGGUGUCGAUGAAGUGCAAUACCUGUGGUGUCGGAUUUUCAUCGCUGUACGAAAUGCAACAGCAUACGCACCGAUCAGUGGAAGAAACGACGGUUAGACAAUCGGUGGAGGAAAAUAACGUGUUUUGCGUUGAAGUUUUGGAUAUCGAAGGGGAUGAAUUUUCAGACAACGAACUGGAGUAUAUCAAUGAAGAACGUUUGGAGGAAGAGGAUAAGGAGAAGGCCAAUAGUGACGUAGAUAGUCAUGCGCAAGAAAAAGCAGAGCCAUUGGAUCAACGAUUAGAUGCGGAUGAGGAAAUUCAUUUCGAGCAAUUCGAUUUUUUGUCCGAAGCAGAUGAACCGGAGGAAGAAGGAGUACAGAACGUUGAAGAAAAGCCGAGUUGUCAAGAAUGUGCGUUAGAAUUCAGUUCCAUGCUCAAACUUAAGAACCACGUGAAAAAGAUCCAUCCCGAAAUCGAUAACGACACCUCAUAUAGAUGCAAUAUUUGUGGCUUGAAGGUAACAACACGAUCUGCCCUUGUGGUGCACAAGGCGGAACAUAGUAAGUCGUCCAACUUUGAUUGUACGUUUUGCGGGAAGAAAUUUCGUCAGAAGGGCGCACUGGCACGGCAUGUGCCCAUUCAUACAGGGGAGCGGCCUCAUCAGUGCGAUACCUGCGGGAAGCAGUUCAUCCAUUAUUCAUCAUUCCACAUGCACAAGCUUUCCCAUGGGGACAUACGAGAAAAAAAGUGCGAAAUUUGCGGAUAUCAGUUGCGUUCUAGCUCCCAUCUUAAGCGACAUAUGAGGGUACAUUCCGGAGAAAAGCCUUUCGAAUGUCCAACAUGUGGACAGAAAUUCGCUCAGAGGUACAACAUGAUGACGCAUCUGAAGGCCCACCAAGGUAUUUAUCGGGAGUAUUCAAAAAUGUACAAAUGUCCGUUUUGCAUAAACACAUUUACACGGAAGCUAAAACUACAAGAGCAUCUCACCCGGGAGCAUAAUACUGUAUUAGAUUCGAGCUUACUCAAACCGGUAGAUCGACCAAAGAAACAAGUGAAUAACAUCGUAGAAGUAAUUGCUCACCGGUCCAGCUAGUUUUAAGUACAAAGGUUUACCAUGUUAUGUAUGUAUGCAUCUCGUUGUAAUUAAAGUAUUGAAAUGAGUCAUUUGAAA